AANAAAAAAAAAAAAAAAAUGUCGUUUUACGGAUUCGAAUUUCAUCCUCAGGCUUGCUCGUUUAACCAUCGUCUCCGAUUUGAUGCACAAAAGUUCUUUCUUUCUUUGUUUUUGUUUCGUGAGUGAGCGAUGCCGGGACUGAGAGCGCCGUCCAAUUAUUCCCUCGAACCUCCUCGCCACCCUCUUCUUCUCGUUAAUUCCAAGGAACCCUACAAUGCGGAGCCUCAUCGCUCAGCCUUGGCCUCUUCUUAUGUUACACCCGUCGAGUUAUUCUACAAAAGGAACCAUGGACCGAUUCCCAUCGUCGACCACAUUGACAAGUCAGAUUUUCACUUCUUUAAUUUUUUAGAGAUUAUCGAGACCCAUUGUAAAUGCAUACUGCGUUUCAAUCACCGGUUUGAUAGACAAUCCCAAGGAGCUGUACAUGAAAGAUAUCAUUGUGCUGGCAAUAGAAGGACUUCCAUGAGCAAGAAUAGGAAGGUGAAAGGAGUUGGAUGGAACAUUGCGGCCAUAGGAAAUGCUAUUUGGGGUGGUGCCAAAUUAGCAGAUUUACUUGAACUGAUUGGCAUUCCCAAGUUGUCACGUGUAUCGCAACUUGGAGGAAAACAUGUCGAAUUCAUAAGCAUCGACAAGUGCAAGGAAGAGAAUGGGGGCCCAUAUAAAGCAUCGAUCCCGUUAAGUAUGGCUACAAACCCAGAAGCCGAUGUUUUACUAGCCUACGAGAUGAAUGGUGAGCCUCUUAACAGGGAUCAUGGAUACCCAUUACGUGUUAUAGUCCCUGGUGUUAUUGGUGCUCGUUCUGUGAAAUGGCUCGACUCCAUCAACAUUAUCGCCGAAGAAUGUCAGGCGAGACAAAAACUUUCUGGGUUCUUUAUGCAAAAGGAUUACAAAAUGUUUCCGCCUUCAGUCAACUGGGAUAAUAUCGACUGGUCCACAAGACGACCGCAGAUGGAUUUUCCUGUUCAGAGUGUGAUAUGUUCUCUGGAUGACACUAACACUUUAAAUCCUGGAAAGAUAACAAUCAAGGGUUACUCGGUAUCAGGAGGUGGCAGGGGCAUAGAAAGAGUAGAUUUAUCGAUUGAUGGAGGCAAAACUUGGGUAGAAGCUUUUAAACAUCAGAAACCUGGGGAUCUAUACACUUCUGAUGGUGAAAGCAGUGAUAAAUGGGAUUGGGUUUUAUUUGAGGCUGAGGCCAACAUACCAGAAAGCACUGAGAUAGUGGUGAAAGCCGUGGAUAUAGCUGGAAAUGUGCAGCCUGAAAAUGUGGAAGUCAUUUGGGACUUGAGAGGGAUAUUGAAUAACUCAUGGCACAGGGUUCAUGUUCAGAUUGAUACCUCAAAGAUAUAGGAAUUGAAGUGCUCGUGGAUGGGACUGAAGGACAACUGGAUUGUUCUAGCCAUUUAGACAACCAUGUUAAUAUGGAAUUUUAAUCUUUUUCUGCCUUUGGUACUUUAUUUUUGAAAAACAGAAAUAGAAUUUUUCAUGAGAAUAUUUCCUUUUACCUCUUUGUAAGUAGUUUUAGUUUAGAUUUUGAUUUCUGCUGGAUCUUGAGCUCAGUUUGUGGAUCAAU